UACGAGAUGAACCUGUAGUGAGAGGAAGCGAGGUGUCACAGGUUGGAGCAAUGCAGACAAAGAGGAUGUAAGGAGGUCGAGGUGGAAGUGAUUCUUUAGCCUAAGGGUUGCACGGUCACAGUGAGAGUGCGAGGUCACCUUUAAUCCGUACUUUCUGUGCCCAGAUCUGCUGCUGCUGGUAAGGGGGGGUUGGAACUCCUAACAGGCUGAAGUGAUUUCCUGUGCAAGGUCAUGCCCAGGACACUCUUACGGGACAGGAGUUUGUGGCUGAAAGAGCUGAGCUGGCAGCGCUUUUUAUCAAACCAGCCGAAUGUGAAGAUCUUGAAGAUGGCGACCCAUACUGUGAUUUAUCUGCUAGAGUCCCCUGACAUGUACAUUUCAUGCUUUAACACUGUUACCAUGGGCACCUCAGAGAUCACACAUUCUUCCUCUUCUCACAUAUCUGGGGUCCAUUUACUCAGCUGGUUUGUAAAUUCAAAAGUGACCUGCUGCCUUAAAGAGAUUUAAGUAACAAGUUUGGCCUAAAUGCAUCUGAUGGAAUUCUGGGCUUUUCUGAUAUUUAAAUGAUAAUGACUUUUAAAUUAAAGAAUAUUUUGGUCACAUGUUAUGUCCUAACAGUUUUACUAAAGUGGUUCUCUUAACUUUUUUUUUUGUUCUGACUCCUCAUUUUGACCAUAACAUAACGAAUUUUGCAAAAAAUUAUAUCUUUGCAAAGUAUCUGGUUGUAAAGUUUCUGAGUUGAAUGUGUCACAAGCACUGUGCGCAAAAGCGGAAUGAAAUGGGGCUUACAAAGCCUCUGCAGCCAAAUGGACCUGGUGUUUAUACACUUGUCCAUCAUCCGGACCGUGGAUGGCGCGGCGUCGGGUAUCCGGAGAGAAGGUAAGAUGCCCCGAGAACAAACGUAUCUGAACGCAGUGAGAGCGCGCGCGCUGAGUUCGGAUGUCUAGAUCCCAGAUAAGACUGCAGGCAGGCAGGCGUGCGUCAGAGCUCCUUCUCCUAAUUCAGCUGGAAUACAUGCAGCCAAAUUAAGGAAUCAGCGCUUUCUUUUUUUGCGGAAGAUAAUCGACUUAAAAAAAAAAAAGAAAAACAUUACAUCCAAUACUUUUAUCCAAUAAAUAAAUAAAUGUCAAAAUAUCCUAAGCGCUCGGAAUUAAACUUUAUCGAAAAGUUAGAGUAAAUAUAAUGUAACAAAAAGGCUGUUUUGACGUUUUUUUAAGGAUUUUUUCCCCGUUUUUUUAAUCAAAACUGAAUUAUUACUAUUGUUUGAAUGUAUAUUUUUUUCCGCAAAGUUUCAUUAUCUGUUUAGAGUUACGCAAAAAAAUGUUGUUUUUUUUACAUUUUAUUGUAUAUCUUUUAAAUAGGCAGCCGACGCGGUCUGAAUAAGACCUCUAACAUUUUUUAUUGCUAUGAUGUUUAAUUUUUUUCUUUUAUUUCUUCCUUUGAAUAACUGCGUAUUGUCGUUUGAGAAAAUACAGAUUUAUUAUUUGUGCACACUAAAAUCUCAGUUUAAAAAAAGAAGAAACCGAUUGAUUUUAACCCAACUCCAAGGUUAAAAAUUGACUAACUUUUUUUUUCUUGGUUAUUAAAAUUUAGGUGAAAAAAAAACAGAAAUUUGGUUAAAAUCAAACCCGAAAAAGCUUUGCUCCAAAAAGUAUCCCCAAAACAUUCCCAACACGAUGAAUCCAAUAAUUUCGUUGAAAAUAGUAAGAAUUGUGUAUCAGUUUGUUUCAUUUCUUGUAACUUUUAUUCUUCUCUGUGAGGCGGGUUUAAUUGUGGAAUGACAAACUAAAUCUUGCACGAGGUAAUUCUUUGUUAUUUAACAGAAAAUAUAAAAGCCUACAGUCAAUAAUUACAAUAAGGAACUUAACAAAGUACUAUUUAUCAUAUAGGAUAAAACAGUAGACUAUGAAAAACACCAAACAAUUAGCAUUCAUAUUCUAAUAUUUGAAAAAUAAACAAAAAUAAAUAAAUGAAAGUGCUCGCUGACCUGUUCUGAAGCUCUCCUGUCCCCACAGAUGGAGUGAGUUGAUUCCUCUGACCGACAAUGUGCUGAAACCGCUUUCCAAAAAUAAAAUAAAAAAAAUAAGAAAAGUGAGCGAACUUUUUUUAAAUGUAAAAUAGUGGAAUAAACAAAAAUGAUCACAUAAAUCUCCCAGCAUCCGUCCCACAAACAGAAGAAGAGGCUCUGGCUUGAUAAUGACUGGCUGCGUAAAAUCAGUAUAGUUAUUGGCUAAUCAAAUUACGCACAAGUUUAGGAUUAGAAAACUAAUUUAAAACGCACUUUAAAAUAAGUUAAUUUGUAUAAAUUAAGGCUUUUUGGUGUUUUACAAGGAGUUUGUCCUUGUGGAUUUUGUAUUCCAUGAAAACUCAUAAAAUAUGAAUUAAAUGGUUAAUUGUAGUGACAGAAACCGCGCUUGAUUGAAUUUAAAUCUGCACCAACGCAAUAAGUCUCACUCAACACACACACCUACACACACACUCGUCGUUUCACGGGUCUUUGUUUCUGACAUAUUAAAUCCCUCCCACUUAUCAUGAACACAGAAGACAGAAAAAAUACGCCUCACUCACGCGCCCUCGGUGACAGGAACCAGUCGCUGCUGCGUGGCUGGACUGACCGCUGCUGGUGACAUGGACGCGGACAGCUGUGUGCCGUUCCCUCCGCAGAGCAGCAGGACGACGCAGACCAACUCUCCCGGACUGGAUCCCGCCGCCGGAGGAGGAGGUUCGGGUUCGUUUCUGCCCUGCGAUGAACUCCAGAAACCUCCGCACUCGCACCUUCCUCCUCCUCCUCUGCUGCCUCACCGCCUCAGCCUGCGCGGGGAUCUGUACGCCGCGGCCAUGAGCAGGUUUGGAGAGUCUGCUGUGAACUUUACGCACGGUUCUGCCGCGGCGAACCCGUCCUGUUCUCCGCCCAAACACAGCAAGUUCUUGGACGGUUUAAGCCAGGAUCACAAAGCAGCGACGAUCAGCAGCAAAGCGGCGUUUUAUGAGAACGGCGGCGACGUCAGAGAGAAGGGAGCUCUGAAAAGCAUGGGCUUCCCCGGAGUCGGCGCAGACUGCUGUGGGAAACUGAAAGAACCGGGCAGCAGUUUACAAGGAGACUCCAUCGCUGACUCCAUUGACUUAUCCGGGAAAAACAAGAAGCGCCGCAACCGCACCACCUUCAGCACCUUUCAGCUGGAGGAGCUAGAGAAGGUGUUCCAGAAGACACACUACCCCGAUGUGUAUGCCCGAGAGCAGCUGGCUCUGCGGACAGAACUCACGGAGGCUCGGGUUCAGGUUUGGUUCCAAAAUCGCAGAGCCAAAUGGAGAAAACGGGAACGCUAUGGGAAGAUACAGGAAGUCCGCAACCACUUUGCAGCAUAUGAUAUUUCCCUUCUCCCUCGGCAUGAUGCAUACCAGAUGCAGAGCAACCUGUGGCCAGGAGCAGCUGCAGGUGGAGGUGGUGGAUCCGGAGCUGCAUGUGUCCUCGGAGCUGACUCCAUGCCCUCCUCCUGCAUGAGCCCAUAUUCCCACCACCACAGCAACCUGCAGAGCUUCAUGGGCAUGCCCACCUCCCCUACCCACGCACCCCAUCACCACCCACCCCACCAUCCCAGCAUCAACAGUCUCUACUCCCUUCACAGCUUCCCCAGCGGCCUUGGGCCCCCUCCCAUAGAGGGACCGGAGGCCGACUACAAACCCACGAGCUUGGUGGCGCUCCGGAUGAAAGCCAAAGAUCCAGGGAGCCUGCUGUCCUGGCCCACAUGACCACCACAGUACCAGCUGUGUGCACUGACUGAGCCAAACACUCUUAACCCACACACAGUUUGAGAUGCACACACUUUUCUCAGAAAAAGACUUGUGUUUCCUCCAGUUGAAGACUUUAUAAACUUACAACCCGAAAGACCAACUUGAGCUUUUUGUUCCAAACUCAACAUACUAAAAACUGGUUUCAAUUUGAUGCUACAAAACUGGAAAAAAAACUUUCCUAUUUAAACACGUACAAACAAAAUUAUAUUGCUCACUAUACUGUGUUGUGCUAUAAUAAUUUUAGCAGUAAAACUGUCCAUGCCACCAUCUCGUUAAAGUCCCACUUGGAUUGCGUUUUGAUCCGAGUGCCGUUCCCAGUGGUCUUUUAAUCAUGAUUAUGUUGUUUUUAGCAAAAAAUAAAAAAAAACUUGUGGUGUUUUCAUGGUCAUAAUUUCUUCUGAACAGCAGAAGUUCAACAGAAAUAUGUCUCUAAGUUAUAACUUGGAAGUAAGCCUGCUCUCAUUUCCCAUGAUCCCUUUGUGCUACCCAGUCGUAUGGUUUUGAGUCAGAUGCCAGCUCGGACGAUGACGAUGGAUCUAGUCGUCUGGAAGUGGACAUAUCAGGAUGGAACAGUGAGCUUGCAAACUUCCAAUUGUUAUCGUACGUAACAACUUUACCUUUUUGAAACUGCGUUUUUUCAUCUGCUUCUGUUUCACUACAAUUUGAAUAAAGAAAUACUCCGAAAUCUGAAUUUUCUUUUAUAUAUGUUCUCCAUCGUGACAAAAAUGCAACAAGAGUAUGUCAAAGGCACAACUGUCAUUGGAUUGGGUCUUUGAGGGACUAUUUUCUUUUAUCAAAUAUAUAUAUUUUAAAGAUUAGAUAACAAAACAAACUGGGACAGAAUUAAUUUUCAUUUGUUAAAAAAAAACAAAUAAAUAAAUAAAACAUGAUUUUAAGAACAUAGACUUUGUGCUGGAUAUCUGUAUACUUAAUGAUGAUUUGCAACUUGGUUUCUCACUAAGCCCUCCAAUACCACAUUUAGUGUUAAAUGUGACCAAUAGAUGAAAAAACCGUUUGAGACCUUACCACAAUUGAAGCACAGAAUCUUAAUUAUUGUUCCUUGUUCUCAGACUUUUACAUCUCGUGUAUUUCUGUGGUAACAAAGCCCACCUCACCAGUGAAUCAUGUCUGAUAAAGGUUUAGGAUUUUGUGCACAUCUUGUUGGUCCAACUAAAACCUGAUUAAAACGUUUCAAAAAAGCUCUGUAAAG